ACUCUGUAACUUAAGAGUGGGGAAACUCUUUUUCUGUCCUUACUCUCCACAUAUUUAAGAAAUCAGUCAUGGCUGCAGAAGCGAAGCAGACUUGUUACGAGGGCAGUUCUGUCCAAAGCUUUCGGUUCUUCCUAGAACAUUCGGGAGAGCACCAGGCUAUUCUCCAGCGUGUUCAUGACAUCCUGCCAGGAGAAUUUAAAAGAAUUGGAGCAGGAAAAAGCAGCCUGGAUUUUCUUGGUGUCGGAAGUGGUGGAGGGGAGUUGGAUGUCCAGAUGCUCACUCUACUGCAGUCUAUAUUCCCUGCUGUCCCGAUCACUGCGGACACUGUGGAGGGCAGCUCUCAGCUCACAGACAACUUCAAAGCUUUGGUAGCAAAGACCACCAACCUUCAGAAGAUCCCAUUUUGUUGGCAUAUCAUGAAGUGCGAGGACUAUGAGAAGCAAGUCAAAGCAAAGGGUGACAUGAAGAAAUUUGACUUCAUACACAUGAUUCAGAUGAUCUACUAUGUGGAUAAUCUCUCCACUACUAUCAAGUUCUACCACAGCCUUCUGAAGAACAAUGGCAGGCUUAUGAUAAUCAAUGAAGCAGCUAAUGGUGGCUGGGACAUCCUGUGGAAGACUUACAAGAAAGAGCUCUGUGUCGACGCAAUCACAGAGUACCGCUCCUCAGGAGAGAUUCUUGCCUGCCUGAAGAGCCAGGGUCUGAAAUACGAGGAACACGUCAUUCCCAACACAUUUGACAUCACUGAGUGCUUCAAUCCGAGCAGCCAGACUGGACAACGUCUGCUGAAUUUCAUGACAGCAACAGAUAACUUCUACCAGUCUUUCACCCCAGAGAUCAGAGCUGGCAUAUUGGAUCUUCUCAGAAACAAGUGCAGCACUGAAAAGGACGGCAGGGUGUUGUUCAACAGUAACUUGAGCUGCAUACUCGUUUAUGCUUGAGUAAGUGCUAUAGAAAAAUACAUUCAGAUUUCUCUUCUUGCGUUCACUUUACCCUGCUAUUUGAUCAGAAGUACAGUGUAUUUGCCUGUUGCUAAGAUUAAUUUUACUAUGUGCAGUAGUUUCAGUCUAAUUAGCUUAUGUUCACCAUGUACUCUUGGUACGACCCGUGAGGUUCGUAACAACUCUAUGGUCCAAAAUGAUCAAUAAAAACAAGACAGUUGCUCUUUUGUGAUUAAAAUCACUGCCCCAGACUGUUCGUGCCUUACAAAACAUUAAAUCUUUAGAAAAGCAAUUAUAUUCAAACAAUUCUAGACAUGCAUGUGAAGAAGUUCAGUAUUCAGUUGUGACCUUUCAUAUUAAAGCAGCACUGUGGACACCUUUGAAAAGCA